AUGGCCGGCGGGAAGCGGAAGCGCACCUCCUCGCCCGGGCCCGCCGCGACUCCCGAGGCCGACUCCACAAGGGGUUCCAAAAAGUCAAAGUCAUCUGACGCGCGCGACAAGGACGGCGACCGUAAAGUCAAGAUUGUGUACGAGCUCGUUGGCACCAACAAGACGUACAGUCGAGAUGCUGACUCCCGUUCGCUCGACAAGGUUGCUACCAAGGUCGCGAGCCGUCUCGGUGUGCCCUUCCUUGGUCUGCAGAUGUUCCAUGCUCGCGCUGCUCGCAACAAGUCGAAGCGCGAGGUCAUCCGUGUUUAUGCGGCAGGCAGCAAGGCACCCUCAUCUUCGAGCGCCCCCGUAACUGCGGCGUCAACUCCUGAGCUGCCCCGCAGAGCCACAAGUGUCCCGACCGCUCUUGCUACGCCUCGCAGUGCACUUCGCCUUCCCGGGAACAAUACGCCGCGCUCAGAGAAGCGGGUCGUGCUAGCUCUGCCAGCGGACUCUCCGCCCGACUCUCCGUCGCCGGCUCCGACUGUUACCCCGGCCCCCGCGUCGCCUUCCGUUCAUCCGAGCAAAACCAGAAGGAGGCGAGUUAGAGGCCGUGCUUCGCUUGAAAGCAACGAGAACGAGCAGCUUCAAACUGAAAACGCGACAGCGCCGGCAGCUUCGCGCUCAACCCUUUCAACUCCGCCAAACGCCACUAACGAAGCGCGCCGUUUGGAGAUUGCGAGGCAGGAGAUUGCGAAACGCGAGGCUGCAUCGAUUGCGAAGCGUGACGCCGCCACGUUGUUUAGGCCUGCCAACCCGAGUCCGUUAUCUCAAGCCACCACCGCAUACACAUCCGACGAGGAACCGCCGGCCAAGAAAAAGAAAGAGUCUAAGGCUGCAGCCUCUCCUGCCAAGAAAGCUACGCCCACCAAGUCACCUGCGACUAAGAAGUCUGAAGCUGCAGCGAAGAAGAAGGCGGACAAGCCGACCCGUCGGCAGAGUCGCACGUCUGACCUGCCUCUUGUCUAUGGCGACAUUCCUCCUGUCGUUGGCAGUCUCCCCACCACUGCUGCGGAAACGACUCAGCCCGCCGAGAGUACGCCCACGGCAACUACGGCCUCUCCGAUCACCGCGUCCGGGUCAACGCCGACUACGCCGAAGGGUUCUGGCGCCGCGCGACCGGCAACGCCAUUGACGAAGACUCAGCUGGAGAUACGGGCGCUCCGACAGCGCCAGGCCGAGGAAGCAGCUCGCAAGGCUGCGGCUUCUGAGUCUGCCGGGACUCCAUCGGGGCAGGAUGCCGCUGGCGCUGGCACCUCGGACCAGUCUUCGCGACCGACAGAGCCUGCGGUUGAGGCGCUAAUCCCACCGAAGGGUCGACCCGGUCGGCCACGGAAGAGUGACUCUGUCGCUGCGCAGGGACAAGAAACGGCGACGUCAGACGUAAGCACCGCGCCGGCGCCUUCCACUGAUGCGCCCACUGCGGAAGAGGUCACACCCAAAACCGCCGCCCAGCGCAGGAAGGAGGAAGCUCAGCAGCGCAAAAAGGAGAAGGAGGAGGCGCAGGCCAAGAAGAAGGCUGAGGCGGCAGCGAAGAGAGAGGCUCGUGAGAAGGCACGGGAGGAAGCAAGGGCCCAGAAGGAGGCAGAGAGACGGGAGAAGGCUGCUGCCAAGGCCUCCAAGGCUGCCGAAACUGUCAAGCCGGCGCGUUCCCAGAAGGCGAAGGCCGCUAGCCCUGUUCAGGACAGCGAACUGGAAUCUGAAGAGGGCCAAUCGACAACCGACACUGCAGAGAAGGUUGACGAUGCGGAAGACGACAGUGGGAGCGACGCAGUUGCUGUCGAGGCCACGGAGGUCGAGGUCGAAGAAAGCAGACAUUCGACCCCCUCUCAAGAUGGCGCGGACGCCAGCGAGGCCCCAAACGCUCCGGGUCCGUCUGCGGUCGCUGAGGAGCAAGCUUCUGCGCAAAAGCCACCUUCCGGCAAGAAGAGGCAAUCCAGCUCUGGGAAGGAGCUCUGCAUUUAUUGCGGCCAAGUCGGGCUUCACAAGCUCCUGAAGGACUGUCCCAUUGCCAACGAUAAAGCAGCUCUGCUCAAUAGAAUGGAGGAGCGUAAGGCCGACCUGGCGAAGUGGCGACGGGAGGCGAAGGAGACAGGAGGAAAUCCAGCAGACUACUCUGAGGCCUCAGACCUCGUGCUGAAGCAGGUCCGAUCGCGGUAUCACAGCGCCGACCAAACCAUUUCUGCCAAGGUGAACGGCGUCCACAAGCCUUUGGCUGAGUUGGGUCCCAGCAAAUACCCGACCAGCGCUUCUGAGCCUAUAACUCUUGCCGACGAUGACGAGCCUGGAGAAGCAUCCGCUGCCGAAUCAGGAGCCCCUGCUGCGGAAGCUGUUGCUGAGGUGGCAGACAUGACGGUCGAAAGCCCCGAGAGCAGUGGCUCUUCAGAGGCCGACGAAGCCAUGGAUGUUGAUGUCGUCGAAGUGGCGGGAGACGAAGAGGCGAAUGAGACGGCGAAGCAGGCCCCUGUCAAGAGCGUUGUCGGCAACGCGAUGGCAAGGGCCAGUCCCCGAGCUCCGGUGACACCGCAACGUGAGGCGGGCGCCGAGUCUACUUCUUCAGGCUCCUCCCGCUCCAGUCCAUCCGAAAGCGGGGAGGGUGGCACCCCCUUCUUGCCCCAGAUGCUGCAGAUGAAGGCCGCAAGGGCACGCCGACCCGGGUCCCGACUCAGUGUCUCGGACGCCGUGAUCGAGACAGGAGACUCGGACUCUGAUGAUAGCGACAACUCGGGCUCGGACUCAGAUUCUGACUCGGACAGUGCAACCACAUCCGAUUCCGACAGCAGUUCGUCAGCUGCUGGCUCUGAUUACGAUGGACAGGUCUUGGCGAGGCAAGUCAUGAAUGGGCCCCUCAACAAGCGACAGCGGCAUCGCGUGAGCGUUUCCGCCCCUGGUAUACACGAAACGCAAGCGCUGUCUGAUGAAGACAUUGCCUCGGCCGAUGAGGAAGACGACAUCAUUCCUCGUCGUCUCACUCAGCGUCGCGACAGCGAGAGCUCAAUCGGCGAGUUUGAGGAGGACAACAACUCCCCGGCUCCCUCUGACGUGGAGGAGAGCGACGAAGACGAUGAGAGGCGGAGGACACUGCUCUCGGCUGUCGCUGACCGCUCGAUGGCCAUCGAUGACGAUCAGGAAGACGCCGUGGAGACCGACUCUGACGAGGAGCCUCCAGCAGCCGACAUCGCCAAUCGAUCCUUCACCCGCUUAGCGGAGCGCGCUGGAACCUCCCCCGCCCUUGACGACCUGCCCGGGGACCAGGCAUUGCGAGAGGUCAUUCAGGAGGACGACGGCAUGGAGUUUACGCAGAACUCCGCGAAGGAGUCGGCGGAGUUCAGCGCGACCCAGCCCAUCGAGAUGGAGUCUGUCGAGCCUGAGUCUGCCGAGCCUGAGCCGCAGCCUGCCUCAUCGUCGCAAGCUAAGCGACGCCCUGGCCGGCCCGCGAAGGCCGCAUCCCAACCCGAGCCGUCUUCCUCCAAGAGCAAGACGCCGGAGGAGACUGAAUCACCUGAGCCCUCAGCGUCUCAGCCCUUGCGGAGAACAACGAGGGGCGCGGCCGCGAAGGCCAAGGAGCCGCCUGCAUCGCAGCCUGCUCCUGGAGGCCGUGUCACGCGUUCAUCUGCUCGUGUCGUCAGCUCGAGCCAGCCGGUCACCCGGCGGACGACCCGCAGUAGCUCGAAGGAGCCUGAGGCCGCUCCCGUGUCCUCGUCCAAGGCGCCAACUUCGCAGGAUAUCGCGGAGGAGGACUCUGACGCGGAACCGGAAGAGACCCCUCGGUCGAAGAAGAAGGUCGUCACGUACUCGCGGUCAUCUCGCUCCAAGCAAAAGGCGCCCGAAGUCGACGGUAAAGAUAGCGACGAGGAGGAUAAUGCCGCCAAUGAGGAGGUGCUUGUGGAGCCGACGCCGGCGCAGCCCGUGCCCUCUUCGCUUCCGCCCUCAUCUCUGCCUCAGUCGAACGGCGUCCCGUCCAGCCAGCCUGCGGCAUCAUCCCAGCCGGGCAGGACGCAGUCCUCACCGACGAAGCAAAAUGGCGAAGGCAGUCCCCUGUUCCUGUCGCAGCCGACGCAGCUUCCUCAGACACAGGCAUACAACCCGCACCCCGAGCCGCUCGUGCCCGAGACGCAGGCGCCCGACAGCGGUCCCGUGAGGCCGUCGAGCCCGGUGCCGCGGUCUUCGCCCUCUCCCUCUCCUUCCGAGCGCGGGUCUCCGCAGCCCAACGGCAGGGCGAACGGCAAGGCGGUCAUGAACGGCGAUGACAGCGAGGACGAUGGCUCGGACCAGGAUGUCGACUACGCACCCCCGAUCAGCCUGUCUCUGUCCCGCCGCAGCACUGGCCCCCCGAUGCCCGCGACGGCCUUCCCGACGCUCUCGUCGCUGCCCAAGGAGCUCCUGCGGCAGGGCAAGGACGCAACGGUGGGCUACAUCUCGCGCAUCACGAAGGGCUCAACGAUCGGCGGUGGCCUGCCGAGCGCGACGCAGCAGCACGACGACAGCGACUCGUCGGACGACGAUGUCGACAGCUCUGAGGACGAGAUUCCCGAGGAGAGGCAGGAGCGCUACGCUGGCCGCAAGAAGCGCCGCAGCACGAUUGGCCAGCAGAUCGGAUGGUAG